AUGGGUCCACCUGCGCAGACCAAUGUUCGGAAAAGAACCAUCUAUCAGCUUGAUACUCCUUUCUCAACAGUCAGCUGGCCGGAUAUAUCUUUAGAAGACCAAGAGAGUAUCCUAGAGCUUCUCUGCAGCCUGCUCUCACCCUUGGGACAGCAUCGGCGUGACCACGUCAAACCCUCCAAAGGGAAGCGAGCAAGCAAACGGGAAAAAGCCACAGCGGACCAGAAAGACCUAGAAAAAGACCAACCAAUACCUCGGGCACCAGAACUGGGACUUAAAGUAGACAUUGGAUUCAACGUGAUUACCAGAAAUCUUGAGGGGAGUUCAAGAGGCGAAAGCGGGCAAACUGAACAUGCCGACGGCGAUGUUGACAUGCAAACGAAUGACACCGCAUAUUCAAUGGUCUUCGUCGCCCGAGGAGAUCAGUCGUCGGCCUUUAAUUGCCAGUUUCCGAGAAUGGUGGCUGCGGCAACAAAGGAGCUCCCCUCCGACUCUCAGACACGACUCGUUGGAUUUUCCAAGUCUUGCUCGGAGCGUCUGAGCAAAUCUCUUCAUAUCCCCCGUGUCUCAUCCAUCGCAAUAAAGCGCGAUGCGCCUGGAUGCAAAGCGCUUUGGGACUUCGUAAGAGAAAAGGUCCCCCCUGUUGAUGCGGCUUGGCUUGUUAAGCCACAGGCUCAAAUAUCUUAUCUUCCUACGCGAAUCAAUUCCAUAGAAACGACCGUGGGGCAAAAGAAAGCAAGAAAAACUUGA